UGGUCGGCGCUGCGACCGCAUCAGCGCGACGGCGCGACGCGCUUGACGGCGUCGCACCUCGCCGGUCUGGGGAGCAUCGUGUGCGAUCGCGUGGGCGCGGGGAAGCGGCUCACGAUCUUGUCGCACGUGCUUCACCUCAGGGACGUCGUCGGCGUCCGAGGGCCGCACCUCGUGGUGUGCGAGGAGAAGGCGACGGCGGCGUGGAUCUCGGAGCUGAACCGAUUUUGUCCGAAGCUCAGAGCGGUGACGCUGCGCGACGCCGCGGAGGAGCGGAACCCCGCGAAAGCGGCGAUCCUUCGCAGCGGGAACGUCGACCUCGUCGUCGUCCCGCGCGGGAUGAUGAUC